AUGCCCUGGUUCUCCCUAGCCUCCUGCGCCAGGGUUCUGUUCGUGCUGGCAAUGAUCACCGGGUGGUGGCGGCUGGGCCUUGCCCAGGCGGCACCCCUCUACACCAUCACCUUCGGCCAAACCUGCGCCAGCCAGCCGCUCAUCGUCCUCCAGUACUCUGACCGCCAGUGCGUCGACACGCCUUGCGCCCCCAUCACCGGCACCCGGGAGUACUGCGCCGACCAACCCAUCACCACCCGCUCCGGCGCUCUCACGUUUUGGACCUUCACCGAACCCGACGCCUGCCCUACCAACCAGCAACAAGCCCCCAAGCAGGUGGUGUCGGUGCAGCUCGGGACCUGCCUGCCCGCCCCACUUUUCGGAGGAGCCCUGCAGCUCAACUACCUCUUCCGGUGCGACGGGUCGACGGUGAGGUGGGCCACCUACGCCCGCGCCGACGCCCAGUGCCAGGGCCAGCCGAUCGACCAGUUCGCGUACGCCAACGACCGCGGGCAGUGCGUGGGCAACCCCAUGAGCGGCGCCUCGGCCGGGGCGCGUGCCUUCUGCUCGGACGUGGCCCCUCCCACGGCCACCCCUACCAGAAGCCCCAGCCCGAGCCGAACCCCCUCGCCGUCGCCGUCGCCGUCGCCUUCUUUCUGCCGCAACGGAACCGUCAUCGCCCCGGGCUCGGGCGAGGAGGAGCGUCGGAUGGCCAUCUACGCUCUGGCGGCCUACGAUGACCCGGAACAGGGCUUGUCCCUGCCCUGGUCCAGUACCGAGGUGGUGCCCCUGUCGUUCCGGAGCUUCGUGGUGGUGGACCACUGCCUGCAGGCCGUGGUGCUCUGCCUCAGGGGCACCGACGACUCGCUGGACUGGGCCUCCGACUUCGCCUACAUCUCGACGCCAAUGCUGAGGGGCAGCGGGGCCUAUGCCCACUCGGGCUUCUCGGCGCGGUCGAGCUGGGUCUUCCACUGGGACGGCUCCAAGGUGGUGGACAAUCUGGCCCGCUGGCCCGGCUACCGCCUACUCAUCACGGGCCACUCUCUGGGCGGCGCCAUGAGCGCCCUGCUCACUGUACUGUUCGUCCACCCCGACACCAGUCCGCUCGAGUCCUGGGGUGCCAGGGCCAGCGUGGCCGGCUACGGCUGGGCCACCCCCGGCUGCGUGCUGUACGACCCCGUAGGCACCGUGACCUCCAUCACCAACCGCGCCUUCAAGUCCUACCAGUUCCGCUUCGACGGAGUAGCGCGCUUCUCCUUGCCCGGCGUCUACGAUGCCAUACAGACCUGCGAGCGCUGGGUCCCGGGCGCGGUCGAUGCGGACGGCCAAGCUCCCUCCACCAUGCCAGGCGGUGAGUACCUGAGUACGCUGAGCCAUGUCCUGUGGAUCGCGGCCCGCGAGCCCACCCGCCGGCUGACCAAGCCCGGCCAGUGGCUCUACUCGCCGGCUCAUGGUGAAGCAUUUGCGCCGCUGCUCGACCUUCCUGGGCGCCAGGCUGCGUCGAGGUUCGUGUUCAACGAGACCAUGUACUACGACCACAAGAUGGAGAACUACCGCGCCUUGGUCGACCCGAGCCACCAGCCGCCGGCCGUGGGCAACCUGGUCGAGAUGAUGCCCUGCCCCCCGCGUCAGUCCCAGAUUGUGGUGGACCAGAACAAGGAGUCGAUGACCCGCCUCUGCAGUUGGGUCACGGACGAGCCCGACCAAUUGUCGACGAUGCAGGGGCAACAGGUGGUCAGCCUGAGCCCCGGAAGCGGCGCGAUCACGAUCUCGUCGACCGAAGAAUGUCUGAGCCCCGCCGCCGCCGCCACGGGGAUCAGGCGAAGCCGUCGGGCCGUGCCAACUCUGCCCGGGCGGAACUACACCGUUCUGGCCUCGUCCGACAUCGGCGGGGUGGUGGUUGGCAUCGACGCCCAGGGCCGCGGCUUCGUCUGGCAGCUCGAGGCCGGGACUGGGGCGGUGGCCAACGUCAGCUUCGAAGGGGUUGGCCGGGCGGUCGACUUGGCCUUCCUGCCGCUCCAGGGUCGUGUCCUGGUGGCCGACGCCGACGCCGACACCUCCGGUGCUGGCCUGCUGCUAUUCGACCAGGCCGGCGGGCCGACGCUGAAAAGGUUCGAGGGCGUGGCUUCGACGCGUGCGGUGGCGGUGGACGAGUCGGGGACCACGGCCUAUGCGACACUGAAGCAGUCGGGCAACUUGGUGCGGGUGGACCUCGUCAGCGGCGCGGUGAGGCCGUUCCUGCUCAAGGGCGCCAACGUGUCGCUGCCGGCCGGUACCACGAACGCUAGCUCAACCACGGUCGAGGACCCCAUAGAUGUGGCGGUGUCGGAGAAGCUGGUCUACGUGCUCGACGGCGAGGCGGGGCGGGUGUUUGCGUUUAACCCUGAGCACGGGGCUGGCGUGGUGGUGUGCACUUCGCCGAGCCUGCCAGGCGCGGACCGCCUGUGGCUCAGCGAUGUGUCCCACAGGCUGAUCUUCAUGGACAACAGCGCCGCAGGCAACGUGACCAUGCUGUUCAACCCUUGCGCCGACCGCCUCGUCCAGCCCACGAACGACGAUGACAACCUCUCCAGCGCCAGCACAGUCUCCAUGUGGUGGCAGUGCUUGUUUAGUUAUCUUUUCUGA